GUCAGGCAGUACAUAAUACAAUCUAUGGCUGAUGGAGGAACAAAAAGGGUUUUCAGACACGAGAUAUGUGAUGCCAGAGUUAGUUCCUCAUUCUCAAAAUUGACAGAGGACACCAUAUUCAGUUUUGAAAAUAAUGAACAGUCACAGUCAGAUGAGGAACUAUCUCAGAUUGAUGAAGACUUAACUGCUAAAUGUAUAAACCAAGAACCACCUGCCAAAAAGUCAAGAUUUAAGGAGCUGCCUAGCAAAGAAGAAAUUGAAAAGUUAGCGCUGGCAAGAACUGAGCCAAGAACCAACCAGCAGACAGUAUGGGGUGUCAAACUUCUAAGAGGUUGGCUAACUGAAAAUAAGUACAGCAGCAGUUUUGAGGAACUGGAUGAAACUAUCCUAAAUGACAGAUUGUGCUACUUUUAUGCAAGUUUGCAGACCAAACAAGGCACUGAUUAUUCAAAGUCAGCACUCGUCGGAAUUCGAUCUGCUAUUUCUAGGCAUAUAACUGGUCCUCCUUAUAAUCGGGAAAUUAACAUAAUUACUGACAAAUCAUUUAUGCCAUCAAAUCAUGUAAUCACGGGUAUGAUGAAAAAAUUGAAAAGGGAAGGGAAAGAUAUAACUGUACAUAAAAAGGCUGUAGCUGAAGGUGAUAUCCAAAAGCUGUAUUCCAGUGGAAUCUUCAGUACUGAUCACCCAGUAACUCUCCAAAAUAAAGUUUUCUGGGACAUUAUGCUGAAUUUUGGAAGGAGGGGACAGGAGGGGCUUACUGAUUUGAAGAAAACAACUUAUGCAAAAUGUAAAGAUGACAAAGGACAAGAGUACUACAAAAUGACUUACAAUGAGUGUGACAAAACACAUCAUGGUGUAGACUCAAAAGAAAAUUCAAGGGACGUAAGAAUGUACGCUAAACCUGGGGACAUUCACUGUCCAGUGUUUAGCUUGGACUUUUAUCUAGGAAAGCUUAGUCCAAGGUGUACAGCAUUUUUUUAGCAAGCA